AGGGCCGCUGCUGUGUCUGAAACCGACAAGCUUGCAUAUGGCUAACUCGAUGGAGGCUCACUACAGGACGCGGAGGGAAAAACCACAAGGCUUUUCUCGGGGCUAAAAAGCAUUCGCUUGCCCAGACGCACUAUGAUAUAAACACCAAAAGGGGAAGUCAAGAACACUGGCAAGGUUGGAAUAGCGAUGUGCGGGGCCGAGAUUGCAGCGAAACGACGUGUUGUUCUGCUUUUGUUGAGCUAGAGUGUGCCAGCUGCACUCGGAGAAGGUAUCCUCAUCUUAGCCCCCCAGCUUGUAAAUUGGACUGAAGGAAAAGGACAACAAAAAAGGGAAAUGACCAUGGCUGCAACGACAGGAUUCUUUUCCAAUGGACCCGUCUCUUGGAUUGAAAAUGAUACUGAGGUUAACAAUCUUUACCGAGACCUGGAACUGGGCACCGUUUUGACUCUGUUUUACUCAAAGAAGUCUCAGCGGCCAGAGAGGAGAACGUUUCAAGUCAAACUCGAGACAAGGCAAAUUAUAUGGACCAGAGGCACGGAUAAAAUCGAAGGAGAAAUUGACAUCCGGGAGAUCAAAGAGAUCCGGGCGGGACAGAAGUCGCGGGACUUCGAUCGCUAUGUGGAGGACUCCACCACCCGGCCUGACCAGGCCCACUGCUUCGUCAUCCUGUACGGCACCGAGUUCCGCCUCAAGGCCCUCAGCCUGGCAGCGACAUCGGAUGAGGAGAUGUCCAUGUGGGUGAAGGGCCUGACCUCCCUGGUGGCCGACACCCUCCAGUCCCCCACACCGCUGCAGGUUGAGAGGUGGCUACGGAAGCAGUUCUAUGCAGUGGACCGCAACCGAGAAGACAAGAUUUCCUGCAAGGAUCUGAAAAGCAUGCUGGGACAGGUCAACUACAGAGUCCCCAACAUGAGGUUCCUGCGAGAGAAAUUUCCGGAUGUGGAGCUGAGAAACGGGGACAUCACCUACAGCCAGUUCGCUCAGCUCUAUCGCAGCCUGAUGUUCGAUGCCCAGAAAUCUAUGGAAAUCCCUUUCCUCCAGAGAUUCACGGAGAAACCUGACCAGGUCAGAGUCACGCUGGAGGACUUCCAGGGCUUCCUCCUGGAAUGCCAAAAGGAAUUGUGGGCCACAGACAGGAACCAGGUGCAGGAGUACAUGUUCAGUUACCUGAAGGAGCCCCUGAGGGAGAUUGAGCAGCCUUACUUCUACCCAGAAGAGUUUCUGACCUACCUGUUCUCCAAAGAAAACACCAUCUGGGACUGGAAGCUGGACCAGGUGUGCCCGGAGGACAUGAACAACCCGCUGUCGCACUACUGGAUCUCAUCCUCCCACAACACCUACCUGACAGGCGACCAGUUCUCCAGCGAGUCUUCCCUGGAGGCAUACUCUCGCUGCCUGAGGAUGGGCUGUCGCUGCAUAGAGUUGGACUGCUGGGACGGUCCUGAUGGAAUGCCAGUGAUUUAUCACGGACACACCCUCACCACCAAGAUCAAGUUCUGUGACGUGUUGAAUACCAUAAAGGAGCAUGCCUUCGUCACGUCAGAGUAUCCCAUUAUCCUCUCCAUCGAGGACCACUGCAGCAUCGUCCAGCAGAGGAACAUGGCCACCUAUUUCAAGAAGGUGUUUGGAGACAUGCUGCUCACCAAGGCCGUGGACAUCUCAGCAGAUGGGCUCCCCUCACCCAACCAGCUCAAGAGGAAGAUCCUCAUCAAGCACAAGAAGCUGGCGGAAGGCAGCGCAUACGAAGAGGUGUCCACCUCCACACCGUAUUCGGAGAACGACAUCAGCAAUUCCAUCAAGAAUGGCAUCCUCUACCUGGAGGACCCCAUCAACCAUGAGUGGUACCCCCACUUCUUCGUCUUGACAAGCAGCAAGAUCUACUACUCCGAAGAGACUUCCAACAACCAGGGGAACGAGGAUGAAGAGGAGCACAGAGAGGUGUCGAAUGGCAUGGACCAGCACGUGACGGAGAAGUGGUUCCACGGGAAGCUGGGCGCGGGCCGGGACGGCAGGCAGAUUGCCGAGCGGCUGCUGACGGAGUACUGCCUGGAGACGGGCGCCCCCGACGGCUCCUUCCUGGUGCGGGAGAGCGAGACCUUCGUGGGAGACUACACCCUGUCCUUCUGGCGCUCGGGGAGGGUCCAGCACUGCCGCAUCCACUCCCGCCAGGAGGCAGGCAGCCCCAAGUUCUACCUGACCGACAACCUGGUGUUUGACACCCUGUUCGCGCUCAUCACCCACUACCAGACGGUGGCGCUGCGCUGCAACGAGUUUGAGAUGAAACUGACGGAGCCGGUCCCCCAGACCAACGCCCACGAGAGCAAGGAGUGGUACCACGCCAACCUGACGAGGAGCCAGGCAGAGAACAUGCUGAUGAGGGUGCCUCGAGACGGGGCCUUCCUUGUGAGGAAGAGGACGGAGUCCAACUCCUUCGCCAUCUCCUUCAGGGCGGAGGGGAAGAUCAAGCACUGUCGCGUGCAGCAGGAGGGUCAGACGGUGGUGCUGGGGACGUCCGAGUUCGACAGCCUGGUGGAUCUCAUCAGCUACUACGAGAAGCACCCCCUCUACAGGAAGAUGAAGCUGCGCUACCCUAUCAAUGAGGAGACGCUGGAGAAGAUCGGCACGGCCGAGCCAGACUAUGGGUCUUUGUAUGAAGGACGCAAUCCUGGGUUCUACGUAGAAGCCAAUCAGAUGCCUACAUUUAAGUGCAUCGUGAAAGCCAUGUACGAGUACAAGGCCCAGCGAGAUGACGAGCUGUCCUUCAGCAAGAACGCCAUCAUCCAGAACGUGGAAAAACAGGAAGGGGGCUGGUGGAAGGGAGACUGUGGAGGGAAGAAGCAGCUCUGGUUUCCAGCCAACUACGUGGAGGAGAUCAGUCCCACCGCAGUGGAGCCGGACCGAUCGCCGCUGACGGAGAACAGCCCGCUGGGAGAUCUCCUGAGAGGAAGUGUGGACGUGUCUUCCUGUCAGAUCGUUGUGAGACCGGAGGGGAAGGGCAGUCGGCCCCACGUCUUCUCUCUGUUCACGACGGCCACGCCUAGAGCCAGUCAGGUCCUGGAUAUCGCUGCCAGCUCCCAGGAGGAGCUCAAGGACUGGGUUCUGAAGAUUCGGGAGGUCACAAUGACCUCAGAGGCCAAGCUGGAAGAGGGGAAGAUGAUGGAGAGGAGAAAGAAGAUUGCCCUGGAGCUAUCAGAUCUUGUCAUCUAUUGCCGGCCAGUGCCUUUCGAUGAGGACAAGAUCGGGACAGAUCGCGCCUGCUACCGGGACAUGUCGUCCUUCCCCGAAACCAAAGCGGAGAAGUAUGUCAACAAGAUCAAGGGCAAGAAGUUCCUCCAGUACAACCGGCUGCAGCUCUCGCGGAUCUACCCCAAGGGCCAGCGCCUCGACUCAUCCAACUAUGACCCGCUGCCCAUGUGGCUGUGCGGCAGCCAGCUGGUGGCGCUCAACUUCCAGACUGCAGACAAGCCCAUGCAGAUGAACCAGGCCCUGUUCAUGUUGAACGGGCGAAGUGGCUAUGUGCUGCAGCCUGCCAUCAUGAGAGAUGAGAACUUCGACCCCUUCGACCGACACUCCCUGCGGGGCCUGGAGCCAGUCACCUUGCAGAUAGAGGUGCUGGGGGCGAGGCACCUUCCCAAACACGGCCGUGGCAUUGUGUGCCCAGUGAUUGAGGUUGAGGUGUGUGGGGCCGAGUACGACAACGCCAAGCAGAAGACCGACUCUGAAGCCGACAAUGGUCUGAACCCAACUUGGCCAAGGAAGCAGUUCCGUUUCACCGUCUGUAACUCGGAGUUCGCCUUCCUGCGCUUUGUUGUGUACGAGAUCGACAUGUUCAAUGACCAGAACUUCCUCGCUCAGGCCACCUUCCCUGUCGCAGGCCUCAAAACAGGCUACAGGUCAGUCCCUCUGAAGAACAGCUAUAAUGAGGACCUAGAACUGGCUUCCCUUUUGGUGCACAUGGACAUCUUCAGUGGCAGGAUGGAGAAUGGGGAGGUGAUGACCCCAUUCCUGGGGGCGGCGGCGGCAGCGGCGGCAGCCCAUGUGGGCAGGGAUACCGGGUCCACAUCCUCUGCCUCUUCCAUCUCCUCCCUCCCCACAACCCCCAGCCAGGCCCUGGCAUACCGCGGGCGCGAGGGCUCUUUCGAGUCCCGCUACCAGUCCCCGCUCGAUGACUUCCGGGUAUCCCAGGAGGCCCUGCUGGACCCCGUGGAUCCCCAGAAUAGGAGGGUAAUGCGCCGGACCCGAGUUGGUGGCGAGAACCGAGUGUAGGCCGAGCGCGAGGCCCGACAUCCCCCCCCAACCGCCU